AUGGCUUGGGCGUCGCGAUCGGUGAGGCUGCCCGACGAGGGCGGCUUGAAGGAGAGGAUCCUGGCGGGCGGUUGCGGAGUCUCUGGCGACCCCACCGGCACCGUGCUGGCGCUGUGGCACGGCACCGUCGUCAUCUGGUUCGGACCGCAGGAAGUCGGGAGUUUCUCGUACGCGUCGGCGGGCAGCACCGAAGGGCCGGAGCACACCGUGCCGCUGGAGGUCGUGGUCGCGCGGCCGCUGCCUCCGGACGCACGCGCCGUGGCCGUGCUGCUCGCGCGGGGCGCUGUCAGCCUGCUGUCGUGCCACGUCGGGCGCGGCUCGGAGUUGGCGAGGAUCGCAGACACGGGCGCGGUGGAUCUGUGGCCCCUGGGGUCGGAAGGCCUGGCCCUCGUCUGCGAGGGGGGGGCCUUGUGGCACGUCGAGCUCGGCGAGCCGGAUCCGCAGCCGCGGCCUCUAUGCAAGGCCGAGGUGGGUCUCGAAGAGAACGACGCCGUAACCGCCUCGGCAGCGAGCCGUGGCUCAUCCAGGGCAACGCGCAGGCGACUGGAGGUGGCCAGCCUGCACCAGGUCGCGUGGCAUAGCGUGCCGACCGGCGGCGACCAGGCUGAGCACAAGGUGGUGGUCGCCGUGGCAGGCAUGGCGGCCGAUGCCAGCGCGGUGGUGCAGAUCUCGCAGCUGGUGGGUACCGUAAUUGUGGACCUCGCCGAAUUGCCGAUCGAGCCGCUGGCGCCAGCCGCCACGCAGGUGAAUCCAGGCCGAGGCACCAGAGGCCCUGCAGGACGGCAGUCGUGCCAGGCCGUCUCUCUGGCGCUGCUGAGCUCCGGCGACACGCUGUGCGCGUUGCUCGCUGAGGGCAGCGUCGUCGUGUUCUCCUGCCUGGGCGAGCCGCGGCGGUGGGCCGAGGCGGCGCGGCUCUCGCCUGCGCGCGUGAGCGGCCUGAGGAUGUGUGCAGCAGCGGGGCUCGACCUGGCGCUCCUGGACGAGGAGGACGGCUCCGAGGCGGCGGAGGUCGCCAGUGCACCCCUGCUCCUGCAGGCCUGGGAGGACGACACGGUGUCGCUGAUGUUUCCAUGCGCCAGCGGCGCCGGCAUGGAGCGGCCGCGCUCGCUCGAGGCCGUCGCCCUGACGCUGCCCGGCCUGGAGCUGGCAGAGGAGCCCUACAGGCCGCUGGACGUCGGCAGCGGGGGGUGCGUCCUGGGCGUCGGCUCGGCCGGGCGGCGCCUGGUUUUCGCCGCGCAGGCCGGCGACGGCGCCAGGUCCGCCAUCGAGCUGCUCUCGCGCGCGGGUCCCGCGGCGGCGGCGUCCGGCGGCGCGGAGGGCGGGCGCGCCCACGCGAUGGGCCUGCAGUGCUACCGAGAGCUGCUCGCGGUGCGCAGCGUGCCCGAGUUCGCGGAGCGGGCGCUGAGCCUCGAGCUGAUGGCCCCGCGCGCGGGCGCGGGCGCGGACGGGGCGGCGCUUGGGUGCGAGCAGCUGAGGCGGUUGCUGGAGGUAGCGGAGGCACGACUGUCGUGGGUGCUGGAGGCGUGCGGGGCACGCGACGGCGGCGGCUGCCCAGCACUGGCGGCGCCCGCCGCAGCAGAGGGCGGUGCGGACGGCUGGGAUGACCUCGAUCUCGGCGAUGAUUUGCAGCCAGCUGCUCCUCAGCCAGAGGCCCAGGAGGGCGGCGGAGGCUGGGGAGACAUGGACCUCGACGAGGAGCUGCCAGCGGAUCUGGCAGCGGAGGUCGUGGAGGCCGCCACUGGGCCAGGACAUUCCAGGCUGUCGGCGGCGCGGGUGCAGCAUCUGCAGGCUCUGCUGAGCAAGGCCCAGCUGCAGCUGCGUCGCCUGGACGUUUACCGGCGCAUGCAAGACACGGCGACUGCUGGCACCGACAGGGCAUCCCUCUCGUGGGCCACCUUGCGAGACGUGGGGGACGACGAUGCUUCGCUGGUGCAGUUGGCCAGGCGGGUGGCGGCGGAGAAGUGCGCGCCCGCGCUGGAGGCGCUCUUCACUGCCGAGCGAGGUGCUCUGAUGCCGCGCUGGGAGGAGGUGCUGGCCGCCGUGCCCGAAACGGCACGGGCUGCGGAGCUGCGCCGGGUGCUGCCAGCGCCACCAUCUUGCCAGGCCAGCACAGUGCUCCGCGUGGCGGGCGGCGGCGCUUCCUGGUACGUGGCCAGGGCCAGGCAGAUCGUGCAGCGGACCGGCCUCUGCAGCCUGGCCCUGGACCUGCUGCGGCACGGCAUCUUCGUGAUGGUCACGGGCCAGUGGCCGCAGGCCGCGGACGACGGCGCCGUGGGCCUGCCGUGCGCUGACGCCGAGGCGGCAGGCGCCCCCACGGGGCUGCCUCGGCUCUGCGGUAUGUUCCGCCUCUGCGCCGAGUACAGCAUGUACUGCGACGCGUCGCUUGGGGAUCUGGCCAUCGACCCUGCCAGCGAGCCAGCCGCGAUUGCGCUCGAGAGGCUGCUAAGCUUCGACUCGUUCGUCCAGCUGGAGCCAGCGGCGCGCUGUGCCCUUGCGCUGCGGCGGAGCGUUGCGGCGACGGUGGUCGAAGAUGUGAAGGCAUGGGUUCAGCAGGUCUCGGUGGAGCACUGUGGGCUGGGCCCACUGAUUGCCGAUGACAGCUCCGUGCUGUGCGGUGGACUCGAAGCCACGGCGCUGGCAGCUGUGAGCGGAGAGCAAGUCGAGGAGACGGUUGCGAAGGCUUUGCUGCGCUUGCUCAGCACCAACGGCUGGGACCCGGGCACCUUCGCCAUCGUGGCCGAGGUGGUGCAGGGAUCGAGCCCGGAUAAGCCGCCUACGCAGCGCAUUUUGAAGGACGAGUUGCGGUUGCUCGAGUUCAUCUUUAACGCAGUGUACAGCGACGAUCAGCGGUGCCAUGCCAUGGACAUCUACAAUAGCGUGGACGCGAUGUUCUGCUGCAUCCCCAAGAGCGACGCCAACGUGGCAACGCAGGACAGCCAGAGGUGGGCCGAGCUGCAGCUGCUGGCCGACGAGCUCGAGGGGCACCUAAACUGCGUACAGCUGCUUCACAAGCACAGCAUCGGACUCUCGUUGAGUUUCUUGGACCUCCGCCGUGGCUGCUCCAACGAGCCCAUGGCCAUCCGCUCACUCUGGAACCUCUUUCGUGUGCUAGGCGCUCGCUACCGGCCGGCAUUGUUCUGGCGCGAUUUCUUUAAGGAUAUCGCUUACCUGGAAAAAAACGCAUUCGCCGCCGUAUCCUCGCAUGCAGUGUGCGAGAUGUUGGCGAGGUGCCUUGUAGAGCAGGAGCACUUUGAGGUCAUGACGGCGUCCACUGCAGAAUGGUUGACGCAGUCAAGUGCUGAGAGGGUCGCUGGAUCCUUGGUGGCGCUCGCACAGGAGCUGGUCAACUCGAGCCCUUCUCUGAAGCAUGCCUCGCUGGAAAAAGCGCGCCGGAUCCUGCGGUGCGUGCCCGCCGGUGUGGACCAGCAAGUCUCCGAUUGUGUGCAGAGGGAGAUGGACUUCAUCAAGGCGUGCGAGAUGCUGCACGACCUAGUGCGCCUGAAGCCGCGGCACGCUCUGCUCGACCUUGGGCGCAAGGGCAUCGCGAGCCUGGCGCAGGUCACCUCGGCCGUGUCCGCGCACGCGCAACAGGGGUUCUCCGCGGUGCGUCCGGCAGGCGCGCCAGCAAGACCGCAGGCCGGGGACGUGGCCGCGCCAGGCUGCGGAGCCGCCUUGGACGGAGCGGGCGGGGCCAGCACUGGCUUCCGGAUCGAUAGCCCACUGCAGCUGCGCCUGCAGCUGCAGCUUCCCCUGCGAGUGGUCACGGACCUGCUGGAGUUCAACCCGCCAGUGCUCUUGGAGUCCGAGGUGCUCCACACGUUCUGUGCGCUGCUGGGCCUCUCUCCCGCCACGCCCGCCUGGGCUGAGGUGAUGGCCAUGUGUGGCGCCGCGAACUUGCUGUGCGGCGUGAAGGGCGAGGCGUUCGCCGUCACCGAGAAGCUGCUGGCCAACUCCCACCCGUCGGCGUGGAAGCUGGCGCUGGCACUGACGUCGACCGAGACCUCUGGCGGCGCCGGCGCCGACCCGGACGGCGGCUCGGAUCUGCUUGCCGACGCAGCCAAGGUCUGCCCGCCAGAGGAGCUGCCGCAGCUGCUGGCGAGCUUCAGCCCGCGCCCGCCCCCAGCAGAAGUUCGGGACGCCUCCGCGGAGCAGGCCGCCCCGCUGCAGGACGGCAGCCCGGUGGAGGCCCGCGGCUAUGCUCAGGAAGGCGGCGGCGCCACGUCCUUGGGCUGCCUCGUCCAGCGGAGCCUGGGGCUGGUGCAGGCGGAGUCGUCAGAGGGGCUGGGUUGGCGGGGUCUCCCACUGGCCGCUCCGAGCUCCGAGUGGGUGGACGCUGGGGCUCAGCAGCGCUUCGGGCAGGCGCUCCUGGCAGUGGACCGCGACAUGGGCAUGGCGCUCCUGGACCAGCACGGCCGGCCACUCCCGCGCACGAGCGUGAAGGACCUCCGCGCUGGCCGGGCGGCGAGCAGCUUUGCAUCACCAGCCCCGCAGGCCGCAGCGGCGGCGGCCACAGCACCCUCGGGGUCUGGGGGGGCCUCAGGAGUCCGCUCGGCGGCGUUCGGUAGUGACGACUUCGAUUUCGACGACCUCGAGAAGCCGGGCGCGGGCUCCACGCCAGCGCCCGCCUCUGGCGGCCCUGAGCGCGCAGAGCCAGACAGAGGUGGCUUCUUGGACGUCCUGGACCGCAUGGCCAGCCCGGCCGCUCCCAAGCAGGCCGCGGGGAUUGAGCCCGCAGGCUCUGCGCAGGGUGGAUUUUCCAGCCUGCUCGACCGCAUGGCCGGCGGGGGCGCCGCUGCGCCCGAGUCCGCGCCCGACGUUCCCGCUCCAGGCGGCUUCUCGAACUUGUUCGACAGGAUGUCUGGAAGCAGCGCUCAGGCCGGGAGAGCUGAGAAACCCGGCGGCAGUGGCGGCGGUGGCUUCGCAAACCUGUUCGACCGCAUUGCUGGAGGGGCGGCGCCUGCGCCUGCCCCUGUGGACCGCGGUGGCCUCUCGGACCUGCUCGACCGCCUGGCCAGUGGGCCCGCGCAGAAAGACAGCAAGCCGGACGCGGCCACUUCGGCCGCAGGGGAGGGGGCUGAGCCGCCAGGCGGCGAUUGGGACGACUUCGACAUUGGCGAUCUCGGCGAGGCGCCUCCAGCCGCAGCCGCGCAUGAGGCCGACGCGCCGCCAGGCGGCGCGGCCGCAGCGGCGGGGCCGGCCGACGGGUGGGACGAUCUCGACGUGGGCGACCUCGGAGACCAGCCGUCCUUUGCCGACUCCCAGGAGGCAGAGCCGCCGCACUCGCGCGAGGUCCCGGCAGUGCAGGCGCGUGCAUCAGCAGGCGACCGCCGCUGA